AUGAAGCAUAACAAUACGAAUCGAACGGAUUACGAGAAUACAAAAAAUCAUUUCUUGUCACGCUAUGGAUAUUCUCCAGCACCAUCCGCACCAAAACUUGAAGUCACUAUUAAUCAGAAUUGUGAUGCACCUUCGUAUAGUCCAAAAGCGUUACUUCGUCCACCAACAAGCCCUCCACCGCCUCCACCAUUUAAAUCAGACUAUGCAGCGCCAACUGAGACAACUUAUGAACCACUAUGGCUUGAUAAAUUUCCACGUCGUGAAAAUAAAGGAAUGUUUCGAGUUGCGCUCGUACAAGCACUUCUUGCUGGAGUAAUAUUGGGUGGUGGAAUUUGGUGUUAUUGCGAUACUCCAGAUUAUUGCCCAUAUUAUUCGGCCAUAUGGACCUCAUCAGUAUAUUUAUUAAAUGCAAUAAUUGGAAGUGCUGCUGCAAAAAUUGGAUCUAUCAAUCUUUAUAUAUUUCAUUUAGUUUUAUCAAUGAUAUCAAUCACAACUUGUUCAAUAAGUGCUAUUAUUUCAGCGAGAAAUUGGAUAUUAGUUGGUACCUAUCAACAUCCAAAGAUUGAUCGUAAUCAAGCCUUUUGUUUAAUCGGUGAACAUGAUGCUCCGCGGCUUAGCUACAUUUUUAGUCAUAUGGAUCAGUACGAUUUUCAAGCUUGUCUUUUUCAACUAAAAGUUGGAGUUGCUGUGAAUAGUGUGCAAUUUGUUAUAGCUGGAAUAGAAGCUUUAUUGAACGUGGUCUCCGCAUUUUUAUGUUUCAAACGAACAUGCACGUCGUCAUGUUUCGAUUAA